AGUUGGGCUGGUCAAGUCAAGGGCCGCCCCUCGACGAGGUCCAAUGGAAGGGUGGCGCUUGCCUUCCUCGUUUCCUUUCCCCCGCCAAAGGCGAAGGGAGGAGAAAAACGGCGAAGUUGUUGUGACCGCCCUUGUGCACUGAGUGCGUGCGUGAGUGAGUGGCUUUCCCUUCGGAAGAAUCCGGUCCCUAGAAGGAGUAUCCCUCCCACUGCUAGGCACGGCAGCUGGUGCCUUCGAGCAAAGAGCGGGAGAAGCAAAGAGCUGCGGCGGUGCCGUGCGGGGGAAGGCAGUCGUGAGGCGCCCGGGGCCAUGGGCUGCGGAGCGCUUCCUGCCUUCCUAUCGCUCCUCCCUUUGCUGCUGAGGGUCUGCGCGGAGAAGCUGGAAAAUGGAUGUGGGCCUAUGAUCAUUCAUCAUGACAGUGGAACAUUGGCAUCAAAGAAUUAUCCUGGGACUUAUCCUAACUACACUGUUUGUGAAAGGAGAAUUCAGGUGCCCCAGGGGAAGCGGUUGAUAAUAAAAAUUGGAGACUUGGAUAUUGAAUCCCCAAGAUGUGACUCUAAUUUUCUUAUCAUCCAGAGUUCUACAACACAACAUGGACCAUAUUGUGGCAAUAUGCCUGUCCCUGAAGAAAUUAUUUUGGAUUCCAAUGCAGCAACUGUUCACUUUGAGAGUAGGUCCCAUGUGUCUGGACGCGGCUUUCUGUUGUCCUUUGCUAGCAGUGAUCAUCCAGACCUAAUCACAUGUCUGGAGAGAGCAAACCACCAUGUGGCGGCUGAAUACAGCAAGUACUGUCCAGCUGGUUGCAGAGAGAUAGCAGGUGAUAUUUCUGGUAAUAUAGUGGAAGGAUACAGAGAUACCUCCUUGCUGUGCAAAUCUGCCAUACAUGCUGGAGUAAUUGCAGAUGAGUUGGGUGGUCAGAUAAGUGUGAUUCAGCAGAAAGGAGCAAGUCGGUAUCAAGGAAUUUUGGCCAAUGGAAUCCUUUCACAGGAUGGCUCUCUGUCAGAGAAGCGAUUCAUUUUUACCACAAAUGGUUGCAAUAAGCCACUGAACUUAGAAGGAGGCCUGAUUACUGCAUCAUCAUCCUGGAAUGAAACCAAUGAAAUUGGGGAGCUGGUUCAGUGGUCUCCAGAUAAAGCUUGGCUGAAAAUUCAAGGGCCAUCCUGGGCAGCAAACCAGAACAACCUUCGCCAGUGGCUGGAAAUAGACCUGGGAGAGAGAAAAAGAAUAACAGGAAUUAGAACUACAGGUUCUACAAUGAUCAGUUUUAACUUUUAUGUUAAGACAUUUAUUGUGAACUAUAAAAAUAACUCAAAAUGGAGGACUUACAAAGGAAUUCUAAGCAAUGAAGAAAAGGUAUUUGAAGCCAACUCUAAUCACAGAGAUGUUGUCAGGAAUAAUUUCAUUCCUCCUAUUGUGGCCCGGUAUGUGAGGAUUAUUCCACAGAGCUGGCAUAAAAGAAUAGCUCUGAAGGUGGAAUUGAUUGGUUGUCGCAUAGCACAAGUUAAUGGCUCAUUUCUGCAUCCGCCCUGGCAAAGCCCAAGUCAGAGCCCAGGCAUUUCAGUUAGAAAAGAAGAUAGAAGUAUUACGGAACCUAUACCUUCAGCAGAAAACAAUUUAGGAUGGAAACUUGCUGCCAUCAUAGUUCCCGUCCUGGUGGUGCUUUUCCUGUUCCUGCUAUCGGGAAUUUGUAUCUAUGCUGCUAUACAAAAGAGAGAAAAAGAAGCGGUUGAUUAUUGCUCAUGUGAUGCUGGGGGAAAAGGAUGGUGGAAACAAAUCAAACAACCUUUCGUCAGACAUCAAUCUACUGAAUUCACCAUCAGUUAUAAUAAUGAGAAGGAAACACCACAAAAAUUAGAUCUGGUCACAAGAGAGAUGGCAGAUUACCAACAGCCUCUCAUGAUAGGAACUGGGACAGUAACCCGGAAGGGUUCCACUUUCAAGCCAAUGGACACAGAGGAUGAGAAGAAAGGUAGCACAGACAUUGGGAACCGUUACCUCUACCCGCAUAGAACUAACCACCAUGAUUAUGCACUGCCUCUGACCAAUCAGGAGCCUGAAUAUGCUACUCCUAUUAUAGAGCGGCAUAUAGGAAGGGAGUAUGCUCUGCCUUCUGAGACCUGCUACAAUAUUCCUGCUGUUUCUUCUUCUCAAAAACAUUCUCAUACUGCAAGCAGUUUCUCUGCCUCAUGCAAGGCUGAUUGUAGGAAUGGAGAUUACCAAAUGCCGCAAAAUAAGAAGGACUAUGAUAAGCCAAAACUCAAUAAUACUUUGACCGCAGUAGACUAUGGUACUGGCUAUCAAAAACCCCAAACCAGUUCAUUGGCAAGUGAGGGCUAUUCAACACCCAGCUACUGCUUAAAACCAGCAAAUCAGACUGCAGUGACAGCUCUCCUGUAAUCUGCAAUCCAAGGAGAGAGUUUGUGUCCCUGUGGCCUGGACUCAGACAUGGACAACCUACAGUGAAGCAGAAGUUGCUUUUGUUGAAGGUGAAUGUGUUGUGCUCAUGACAGCUUUCACCAUCAAAAGCCUUUGCUGUGAAGUCAGCAAGUGGUGAUAUUGGUGCUCUGUUCUAAUAUGUGCAAUUAUUACAUACUUUUAAAAAUGUAACUUAAAGACUUUUAAACUUG